AUGACUGAACAGCAAGGCACCGAUAAAGCGUUUAAACGGUUGAAGUUUAGAGAUCAGAAACAAGGAGACGAUGCUGUUAAGGACUGUGAUAUUAGUAAUAGUAGGAGUAUCGGGAUCACAGCGUUCGCCGAGGAGAUUAAUUCAUAUAACCCCGAAUUCGGCGCCUUCAUUGGCGAGCUGUCAAAUUUGGCAUAUGGUGAAGUACGUGGAAAGGUCUACGUUGUGAACGAGACGACGUUUCAAAUCAUCAAUUUCACCUAUAAUGGAAAGGCUCCCGAUCUUUACUUCUGGAUGGAUCGCAAGGAGAAUCCGACAAGAGAUGGAGUUAAGAUACCAUCUCUUGAAUACGGAGUCACUCCUCUCGGAAAAUACGACAAUGUUGAGCGAGUUGUUCUUAUGUUGCCUCGACGGCAUAAAUUCACCAACUUUAAAAGUUUCUCACUUUUCUGCUACAAAUACGAGCAUAAUUACGGAUCCGUCCUCAUUCCUGAGAAUCUCAUCAUUCCACGUCCGCAGUUCUUAGCCAGUGAAUUAAAGGGCAGCCGAUAUUCUGUUGGAUCAGGUCCAAUUCUGAUCAUGGAUAAAAGAACAAUAAAAAUUUUCGGAUUCACAUUCGACGGUGAUAAAGCGCCAGAUGGAUAUUUCUUCGUUGGACGUGGACCGAAUGUAGCUCAUGAUGCCGGGGUAAAGGUACCGAUACGCGGUCGUGAUACACCUGAACUGAUCACAGCUAUGAAUGAACGAUAUCGAGGCGGGCAGGACAUCAUCAUUGAUCUUCCACCUGAUUACGAUAUUCACCAUGUGGACUGGUUGUCCGUCUACUGUUACAAAUUCCGUGUCGAUUUCGGUCAUGUAGCGAUUUCAAAUAUUUCAUCAAGGAUUCCGCCAUACGUCCCACCGCAGAAAAGAUCGAAUGAUAUUGCAACAACAGUUGGUGCUUGGCCAGUGACGUCGCUACUCGGCAAUGAAAAUCGACGAAACUUCACUUUCCAACUUGGUGUUCCGGGUGGAAAAAAAGGAUAUCAAUCUAUGACCCAUGCUCGACCGGCGAAAUAUGUGUGGUAUGUCAAUGGCAUGCUGGCCGAUAUCUACCUGAAACGCGGUGUUACAUAUACUUUCAUAGUCGAAGGUGGUUCUGACAAAUCUACGUCAGACUUCUUCAAUCCGCUUUAUGUUUCUGACGACCAGUUUGGUGGCUACGGCAAGUUAAGCAAUGAGGAGAAGGAGCAAGUGUCAGUGUUUUCUGGAUCUGAUCCAUCGCGUGCAGCCGGUCGACUAUGCAUUUGGUCAAAUGACGAAAACACGGAUCCUGACCAGUUUUCCUCAUUCACAGAGUUUCGAAAAACCUUACGCUUGAAGUGUGAAGGAGAUAAAAGCUACUCAAACUACAAUAUGGGUUCGAAAAUUCAUAUCGUAAACGAAUUACCAACAACAAUCGCCGAUAUAAAGGAAGAGCCGUACAUUUAUGAACAAUGGUUGCGGACGCAGAAAAUAAAAGAACGUCAAACUUCGUCGACGGCACGGUUCUGCUGCACGCUCAUUUAUGCGCUUCUUUCGAUCAUUCUGUUCUGA